UUUAUCUCCAACCUAUAAAUCCUUCCAUUGAUCAUUUGGCUAAACACAAUUAAAUCUCUUAAUUACUACUACUUGAAAAAAUGGAGGCGAGGAAGCUUUACUUUCCGGUGGCUCUCCUCCUCCUCCUCUUCAUCUUCAUCUCCAUCUCAGCUGCCGCGGCCCAAGGCAACAGCGGCAACAAUGCCACCAAGCAGAAGAAACCUCCUAACGACGCGGCCACAACCAACUACGAAAUGCUUGAGCCGCUGCCCAAGACCAACCAGGAACGCGCCUUCUGUCACGCAAGAGGCAAAUGCCACUACAAGACCCUCACCUGCCCGCCCGAGUGCCCCCAGCGGAAGCCCAAGAAGAAUAAGAAGAACAAAGGCUGCUUCGUCGACUGCAGCAGCAAGUGUGAGAUCACCUGCAAAUGGAGGAGGCCUAAGUGCAACGGCUUCGGUUCGCUGUGCUACGACCCGCGCUUCGUUGGUGGGGACGGAGUGAUGUUCUACUUCCACGGUUCCAAGGGCAGCGACUUCGCCAUUUUCUCAGACCACAACCUCCACAUCAACGCCCACCUCAUCGGCGCCAGGCCGGCAGGGCGGACCCGCGACUACACGUGGGUGCAGGCCCUCGCUGUCAUGUUCGAUGCCCACACCCUCAUGAUCGCGGCCAAGAAGGUCGCCCACUGGGACGACCGGACUGACGCGCUGGCCGUCAAGUGGGAUGGCCAAUCUGUGGCCGUCCCCACAGAGGGGGAUGCGGAGUGGAGGACCAGCAGUGGGAGCGGGAGAGAGGUGGUGGUUGAGAGGACUGACGAUGUCAACACGGUGAGAGUGACGGUGGCGGGGCUGGUGGAGAUCGACGUUAGGGUUACCCCCAUCGGCGAGGAGGAAAAUAGGGUUCAUAACUACCAGCUGCCUAGCGACGAUGCGUUCGCGCAUCUUGAGACACAGUUUAGGUUUGCAAAUUUGUCUGAUCGUGUCGAUGGCAUCCUUGGAAUUACGUACCGGCCUGGGUAUGUCAGCCCGGCCAAGAAGGGGGUGCUGAUGCCGCUGGUCGGAGGCGAGGAUAAGUACUACGUGUCGUCAUUGUACUCGCCAUCCUGCAAGCUCUGUAUUUUCUCCAGACCUUCUUCAUCACCACUUAUUGAAGUAGCAUGAUUGCUUGUUGCAUAUAAAUAAAUUGUGUGAAUUUUUGUAUUUGUUUGGAUAACAAGCUGUGUUUGCUUGGUUGAUUGUUGUGCUUGUUUCUGAGUUUGAUGUACAAUAAUUGUUGCAUAAAUAGCAACAUAUUUCUUAUUUAUGUGUGUAUAUACAUGGCCCAGAGUGCUAUUUAUUUA